CCUACUGAUAGAGUGCGAGCACAUCGAUUUGUGGAGGGCCUGAAACCAAUGGUUGCUCGAGAUGUGGAAAUUGUGUCAAGGGGUCAAUUCAGUUAUGCUCAAGUUGUCGAAAUGGCUUUUACAGCUGAGCGGAGUGAAAACAAAAUUUGGAAGGAAAAUGUUACCAGGAGAGAAUCGAAGAAAGGUGGAGCCAAUUCUAAUGACCACAAGAAACGAGGACAGGACCAGUCCGGGCAGCCAAGUCAAGACAAGAGGUACAAAAGUGAUAACGACCAACGAUUUAAUGGCAGCAGUGGGCGAAACAUUCCAGAAUGCCCUAAAUGUACCAAACGUCAUCUCGGCGAGUGUCGCGCAAAAGCAUGCUACAAAUGUGGAAAAGAAGGACACAUCAAACGCAAUUGCCCACUAUGGGGACAGACUGGGAACAGAGCAGAACCCAAGAAAGAUGACAAGUAUGUUCCAGCCAGAGUUUUUGCCAUCACUCAAGCAGAAGCUGAGGCCAGUCCUUCGGUUGUAUCAGGAUCUUGUUCUCAACAAGGAAAUUCGUUGAGGUGCUCGAGGUAGCAAGUGUGGUCUUAGCAACUGAGGUAAGAAGAGUGGACAUCUUUGCACAGGGUGUAUGUUAUGCAUACAACUUGGGUUGGUUUGCUAUUUAAUUUGAUUGUGUUGUGAUUUCCUUAUAUUUUGUGAGCAUCGUUAGCAUGAGAAUAAUAUUAGGGUCUUGCUGCUUGUGUGAGCAUAUCACUUGCAGGUUAUAACCUUAUCAUGGGUGAGUACAACUUAUGGUAAUUAAUUGCCCUGUUGGAUGCCAAGUGUGAGAAUAACACAAGGCAGGGCAGGUUACCUCAUGUCUGAUCAACAUGAGAGAAUAGUUGAUUAUCGUAUGUGAGUAUAAUGUGCGGUAUGAGACUUGAUGUGUGCAUGUGAGAACAACAUGCGUUGUGGAUAUAUUUAUGGAAUGUGAAUUACUGUUGAUUAAUAUUAAAGAGUAAAUUAUGUCAAGUAACUAGUUAGGAGGGUUAUGUCCUACAUAGCUCUUCUUACUGGGCGUUAGCUCACGGGUACUCUGUGUGCAGGUAAGGGUAAGGCUAAGC